AUGUCACAAUCUCACGCCCUCUCCGACGACCAGGCAAGCCUCCCCUCUGCAUCAUCCCGAAUCAAUUUGCCCGCACGCAUACAGGUCGGCCAAGAGCUCAAGAAGAUGACGGCCUUCAUCAAGCAAGAGGCCAUGGAGAAGGGCCGCGAGAUCGAAAUCAAGGCCGACGAGGAGUUCGCCAUCGAGAAGUCGAAGCUGGUCCGCACCGAGACGGCAGCCAUCGACAGCACCUACGAGAAGAAGUUCAAGGCGGCCACCAUGUCGCAGCAGAUCACCCGCUCGACCGUGGCCAACAAGACGCGCCUCAAGGUGCUGUCGGCGCGGCAGGAGCUGCUGGACGAGAUCUUUCACGCGACGCAGAAGAAGCUCGGCGAGGCGACGAAGGAUAAGGGCAAGUAUGCGGGCAUCUUGAAGGGCUUGCUGCUGGAGGGCUUCUAUGCGUUAAAUGAGGAGACGUUGGCGGUGCGGGCGCGCAAGGUGGAUAAGGACACGGUGGUCAAGGCCAUCAAGGAGGCGGAGAAGGAGUACAAGGAGAAGAUGAAGAAGGAGGUCAAGGCAAGCUUGGAUGAGUCGAAUUGGCUGCCGGAGGAUGUAUCUGGAGGCGUUUCAAUCGUCGGCGGAAACGGAAAGAUUGAGAUUACGAACACAUUUGACGAGCGGCUGAAGCUGCUGGAGGAUACGGCGCUGCCUGCUAUCCGCACGAAGCUGUUCGGACCCAACGAGAACAGGAAGUUCUACGAGUAG